CUCAUGGCUUCUUCUUCUUCUUCUAGGGUAAAGAGAUUCCAUGUAUUCCCGAGCUUCCACGGCCCAGAUGUCCGUCGAGGAUUUCUCAGUCACUUACACAAUCACUUUGAAAGCAAAGGGAUCACCACCUUCAAAGACCAGGAGAUCGACAGAGGCCACUCCAUCGGACCUGAACUCCUUAAAGCUAUUAGAGAAUCAAGGGUCUGCCUCGUUCUUCUCUCUGAGAACUACGCUUCUUCUGGCUGGUGCUUAGAUGAAUUGGUUGAGAUUUUAAAAUGCAAAGAGGCUUCAGGGCAGAUUGUGAUGACCAUUUUUUACGAAGUUGAUCCGUCCAGUGUUCGGAAACAGAAGGGAGACUUCGGGAGCGCUUUCAUGAAAACCUGUCAAGGGAAAGCUGAGGAGGUGAAGCUGAGAUGGAGCAAAGCUUUGACUGAUGUCGCAAACAUUGAAGGAGAACAUUCUCUCAAUUGGGCUAAUGAAGCAGCUAUGAUUCAAAAGAUUGCUUCGGAUGUCUCAAACAAACUGAAUGCUACUCCUUCGAGAGAUUUUGAUGGGAUGGUUAGAAUGGAAACUCACUUGGCAAAUCUCAACUCUUUGUUAUGCCUCCAGUGUGAUGAUGAUGUGAGGAUGAUUGGAAUCUGGGGUCCUGCAGGAAUUGGUAAGACCACCAUUGCUCGAGCUUUAUAUAACCAACUCUCCACCAGUUUUAGAUUUCUAUGUUUUAUGGGGAAUCUUAAGGGAAGUUAUAAGAGCUCAAUAGGUGUUGAUGAUUAUGAUUCCAAGUUAGGUUUGCAAAGCCAACUCCUGUCUAGGAUUUUGGACCGUAAGGAUAUGAGAGUACAUCAUCUAGGUUCAAUAAAAGAGUGGUUAAGGGAUCAAAGAGUGCUUAUCAUUCUUGAUGAUGUAGAUGAUUUAGAGAAGCUAGAGGUUUUGGCUAAAGAACCCUCUUGGUUUGGUCCUGGGAGUCGGAUCAUUGUUACCACAGAAGAUAAACAGAUUCUGAAGGCACAUGGGAUUCAAGAUAUCUACAAUGUGGAUUUUCCAUCGGAAGAAGAAGCUCUUGAGAUCUUAUCUUUAUCUGCUUUCAAGGAAACCUCUGUACGAGAUGGUUUUGAAGAGCUUGCAAUUAGAGUAGCAGGGUUUUGCAGUAAUCUUCCAUUAGGCCUUGCUGUUGUCGGUUCGUCUUUGCGUGGGGAGAGCAAGACCGAGUGGGAACUUCAAUUAUCUAAGAUCGAAACUGAUCUCGAUAGAAAAAUUGAAGAUGUAUUAAGAGUGGGUUAUGACAGAUUGUCGAAGAAAGAUCAAGCUUUGUUUCUCCACAUUGCAUGCUUCUUUUUCUUUCAUGAAGAUGUUGAUCGUUUGACAACCAUGCUGUCUCACAGUAACUUGAAUGUUGGAAAUGGGUUGAAGACCUUAACGGAUAAGUCCCUGGUGAAUAUAUCUGUUUAUAGAAAGAUAUUGAUGCACUCUCUGCUACAAAAGUUGGGUAGACAGAUAGUUGCCGAACAGUCCGAUGAGCCUGGGAAACGUCAGUUUUUAGUAGAGCCCCAAGAGAUUCGUGACGUGCUGGCAAAUGAAACAGGUACUGGAUCUCUCAUAGGUAUAAAAUUUGAUAUGACUAACACGGGCAAGCUCUGUAUAAGUAAGCGAGCCUUUGAAGGAAUGCGGAAUCUCCAAUUCUUGCAAAUCUACACACAAGUGGGCAUGGAAGACGAAAAUGUUAGCUCCCUUCACAUACAAGGGGACUUGGAAUAUCUACCUCGUCUAAGGUUACUACAUUGGCGUUCAUACCCGAUGAAAAGCCUUCCUGCAACAUUUCAGCCCGAACGUCUAGUCGAACUUCUUAUGUCAUCAAGCAACCUCGAGAAACUCUGGGAUGGAAUCCAGUCCCUUGAAAAUCUCAAGAAGAUAAAUUUGGACUUCUCCGAUAGUUUGAAAGAAAUACCGAAUCUUUCGAAUGCUACUAAUCUUGAGACACUAUCACUUGUGGAAUGCACAAGUCUGGUGGAGCUUCCCUCCUCUGUUAGGAAUCUACACAAACUGAAAAAGUUGAACAUGCAGAGCUGCGAAGAGCUACGAGUUAUCCCCACCAACAUCAACUUAGCAUCUCUUGAAGAAGUUGACAUGAGUUAUUGCUCGGAGCUGAGAAGUUUUCCAGAUAUCUCGAGUAACAUCAAGACUCUCAGUGCAAGAGACACACAGAUAAAAGACGUCCCGUCAUCAGUUGUUGGACGUUGGUCUCGUUGCGGGGGGCUUGAGAUAGGCAGCAAAAGCCUUGAGAGAUUGACUCAUGUCCCGCUAAGUGUUACUUCGUUAAACCUAAUCAACAGUGAUAUAAAGAGUAUUCCAGAUUGCAUCACUGCUCUCUCACAUCUAGUAGACCUCAUCGUCGAAAACUGCACAAAGCUCGUGUCAAUCCCAGCUCUUCCCCCUUCGAUCGAGUCCGUAAAUGCAAACAAUUGUAUAUCACUGAAGACAGUAGAUUGCUCUUUCCACAACCCAGUCAAUGUACUCACGUUCUACAACUGUGUGAAACUAGAUGAAGAAGCAAGAAGAGGAAUCAUACAACGAUCGGUUCAGAAGUAUACAUGCUUACCAGGUAAAGCAGUCCCUGCCGAGUUCACUCACAAAGCCACAGGAAAGUCCAUAACUAUCCCUCUGGCUUCGGGUGGUGAGUGGACUUUCUCUGCUUCUUCAAGAUUUAAGGCUUGCUUUCUGGUUUCUCCAGUUAAGAGCCGAUUUCUUACUAUAAGUUGUCGUCUAAGAGGUGCCCAUAUCUACAACUUUGUCAGUUCUGCACGGCUUUCUGAUCUCCCUCCUCUAUCUGAACAUCUGUUUAUAUUUCAUGGUGACUUGUUUCGUCGACGAAAUAGGUGCCAUGAAGUAGAUGUUGCUACGAGCGAGAUUACAUUUGAGUUCAGCUGCUGGUACAACGAUGAAAAGAUUAUCGAGUGUGGCGUACAGAUAUUGGCGGAGGCAGCUGAGAGUAGCAGCAGCAGCAGCGAAGUGGACAACUUUGAAUUUGAGAGUAGCAGCGGAAUAGACAACUUUGAAACUGAGAGUAGUAGCAGCGAAGUGGACAACUUUGCAUUUGGGACUAAUGGCUGCAAAGUGGACUACUACGAAACAGGAGGCAAUGGAGACUAUGAAGCAGACGCUUUUAAGGUCUCUCAAGGUGAAAACAUCGAAACCAGUAAACAUACAAGUUGGAGUUGGCUUGAGAAGCUUGGUCUGAAAAAGAAGAUGAAUAAGACGAAGCAGACUUCUUGAAGAAUCAUGAGACCAGAGUCGGAGGAUCCAGUUAUGGAGAUGGCUUGUGAUGAGUUACAUAUACCAAACCGAAGGAAGUCAACCGGGACCAUCAUCUCAAACCGAGAGUAUGAACUAUAGCAGUACCGACCUUCUGUUCUUUUUAUUUAUUUAAGUUUUGUCUCAGAGAAAUAAUGGGAAUGUGUCUUUCCUUAUGUUAAAGGAACCAAACUUCUCCACUUUCCCACUUUCACCUACUUGCAUGGAGAAGAUGUCUCCAACUUCCUCUUGUAUUUUUCUAUAUAAAUCAAUGAAAAUCCAAAAAGAGGCAAGAAUUAUUUGCCCAAAAGU